AUACAAGAUCAACCAACCACUUCAUCAUCACAAUAUAUAUAAAGAAGCUCAUAAUUUAUAUCCAAACACAAAACAUUAAAACACCAUAAACUUCAAUCCCUGGCCUGUUACAUUUUAUUCUCAAACAACAACCAACAUAUGGCUAUUAUUAAUUCCUUUUAUUAUUCUCUGUUUCUCAUAAUAAUCAGUUUCUCAUCAUCCAAAAUAGCCAACGCCGACAACAACACACAAAACUUCCACUACUUCUGUAAUUUCAACAACAAAGGUAACUACACAAACAACAGCACUUACCACACAAACCUUAAAACCCUUUUAUCAACUCUCACUUCCAACACACAAAUCAACUACGGUUUCUACAAUUUCUCAAACGGCCAAAACGCAGACAAAGUAAACGCUAUCGCUCUCUGCAGAGGCGAUGUUAAAAACCAAACCGAUUGUCUUAGCUGUCUCAAAGGGUCAAGCAACAAUCUCACACAGGUUUGUCCAAAUCAAAAAGAAGCAAUUGGUUGGUACGAGGAUGAAAAAUGCAUGUUGCGUUAUUCAGACCGAUCCAUAUUUGGUCUCGAAGAAACUGGACCUGCUUAUUUUGCUUGGAAUUCCAAAAACGCGACAAAUGAAGGGGAGUUUGACAAAAAGGUGAAAAAUUUAUUGGAUGGUUUAAGAAACAGAGCUUCAUCAGGGGACAGUGACCUUAAAUAUGCUGUUGGAAGUGAUAAAUUUGGUCCGAAUAAUAAUGAAACAUUAUAUGGUCUUGUUCAGUGUACACCUGAUUUGUCGCAAACAUCUUGUGAUGAUUGUUUGGUUCAAUCUAUCAAAGAAAUUCCAAAUUGUUGUAACAAUAGGAUAGGUGCAAGAAUUGUUAGACCUAGUUGUAAUUUGAGAUAUGAAAUCAAUUCACCCUUCUACCAAACUACUGCACCAGAUUCACCUUCACCAUCACCGGCACAGUCACCGGUGCCACCGUUCUCAGCUGUUCCUCCGUUUGCACAAACCACUGCUUCCUCUCCCUCUUCAGGAAAAAGCAAAGCUACCACAAUCAUCGCCAUAGUAAUAUCAAUUGUUGCUAUUAUGGUGCUCAUUCUAAUCUGCAUCUAUUUAAGAGCAAGGAAGCCAAGUAAAAGAUUUACAAUUCAAGAAGAAGAUGAAGAUGAUGAAAUUGAAAUUUCUGAGUCAUUGCAAUUCAAGUUAGAUACAAUAAGAGAUGCAACAAAUGACUUUUCUGAUGAUAAUAAACUUGGACAAGGUGGAUUUGGAACUGUUUACAGAGGUACACUCCCCAAUGGACAAGAAAUUGGUGUCAAAAGGUUGUCAAAGGAUUCUGGCCAAGGAGAUUUAGAAUUUAAGAAUGAAGUUCUUUUAGUGGCUAAGCUUCAACACCGAAAUUUAGUCCGACUACUUGGUUUCUGUAUAGAAGGAAGAGAAAGACUACUAGUAUAUGAAUAUGUUCAUAAUAAGAGUCUUGAUUACUUCAUUUUUGAUGAAACCAAGAGAGUAUGUUUAAAUUGGGAAAGCAGGUAUAAAAUCAUUGCAGGUAUUGCUCGAGGAAUUCUUUACCUUCACGAGGAUUCUCGUCUACGCAUUAUCCAUCGUGAUCUCAAAGCAAGCAAUAUUCUCUUAGAUGAAGAGAUGAAUCCGAAGAUAGCAGAUUUUGGUAUGGCUAGAUUGUUUGCAGUGGACCAAACUCAAGAGAAUACAAAUAGAAUUGUGGGAACCUAUGGAUAUAUGGCACCUGAGUAUGUAAUGCAUGGCCAGUUUUCAGUGAAGUCAGAUGUAUUCAGUUUUGGGGUAUUGAUUCUUGAGAUUAUAAGUGGCCACAAAAAUAGUGGCAUUCGUCGUGGGGAUACUAAUGAGUAUCUUCUAAGUUUUAUAUGGAGAAACUGGAGAGACGGGUCACCGACAAAUAUUAUAGAUCCCACAAUAAUCAAUGAUUCAGUAAAUGAAGUAUUGCGAUGCAUCCAUAUUGGGUUACUUUGUGUUCAAGAAAAUGCAGCUAGCAGACCAACUAUGGCUUCUGUUGUAUUAAUGCUUAAUAGUCAUUCUCUCGGUCUAUCACGGCCUUCAGAACCUGCAUUUUAUAUAGAUAGUGGAGCCGUAGACUUUCAAGAUUUAAUGGUGGUGCAAUCAUCGGAGCAUAACUCAGUUCAGGUAUCGGUAAAUAAGGUUUCGAUUACAGAGCCAUAUCCUCGUUAGAUUUUGAUUGUAUAGAGUAUCAACCAAGAUAUGACAUGCAUGGAUUAAGGAAAGUAGGUUUUCUUGUCAAUUAGUAGUUUGUGUAUCAAUUGAAUCAGUAUCUAGUUUGAAGAAUGUUGUUUUCGGUUUUGAAAAAUUUAUCAUAGAAAAUUAUCGGGACGAGUCGCGUACUAGGUCGCUUUCUUUAAGACGUUUUG